AUUGGUAAUGCCAAGCGAAAUCAUUACGACAAGAGCUGUGGCCGGAGAUACACUUGUGAAUCACACCAGCAAACAAACAACAAAAAAGUGACAAAUUUUACGUUGAAACGUAUUCAAAACUAGUUAAUUGUAAUCGUUGCGAGUGAUUUUAUACAAAUAUCAUCAAAAUGAGUUCGACCGAAGCAGAUAGUAUCGAUAAACUGUACAAAAACUACGACAUUCUGAACGACGCUAAAGACAAGAUUUCUGAGCACGAAAAAGAAUACCGUGAAAUUAUUGAAGCUGUGAAAGGUUCGGAGAAGGAGAAACGCUUGGCAUCGCAAUUCAUUGGAAAAUUCUUCAAGUUUUUCCCAUCGCUUGCUGACGCCGCAAUCGAUGCAUCACUCGAUUUAUGUGAAGACGAAAACAUUCAAAUCCGUCGUCAGGCCAUUCGCGAUUUGCCACUUUUAUGCAAGGACACAAAGGAACACAUCCCGAAGAUUGGCGACAUUUUGGCUCAAUUAUUAGUCGUUGACGAUCCAUUGGAACUGCAGCAAGUGCAUAUGUCACUGCAACAAAUCCUCAAAUUCGACGCAAAAUCAGCUCUAGCUGGCAUUUUUAGCCAAAUUUUGACUGGCGACGAACUCACCCGAGACCGAUGCUUCAAGUUUCUGGGUGUGAAGCUUAAGCAAUUAGGCAAAGAGAUAAUUACCGACGAAAUCGAAGCAUUCAUCAUUGAAGAGGUCAAGAAGGUCCUUCAGGACGUGACAGCCGACGAAUUCCAGAAUUGUAUGAACAUUUUGGCUUCGACAAAACUGAGCACAACUCCAAAGGGACAAAGUGAAUUGGUUGCCUUAGCUGUAGAACAGGCAGAACUCAACACUGAAGAAGAACCGGUCAUCAUCGAAGAUGAACAUGUUGAACGUUACAUCUUGUGUGCCACUCAUGCACUUCCAUACUUUUCGACUCAAAUCGAAUCAACUCCGUUCAUCAAGUAUGCUUGCGAGAAGUUGUUCCCAUUGCAUACAUGGAAGUUGAUUGGUGCCAACGACAGCGACCGCGAUCAACAGCAUUUGCGUGUGCUUAAAGUCUUCGCCGAGAUGGCAGCCUUCUGUGGAACGCUGGAUGCACCAAACCUCAAAAUUGAUGCUAUCUUCAACGUCCUUCAGGAAUACAUGCCACUCCCUCCAAUCACCGAAGGUGACGGAGCCAUCGAGGAGAACCCAUCGUUCAAGUUUUCUCAUGCUGAAUGUUUGCUCUAUGCAUUGCACAAAUUGGGUAAACAAGAUGUCGACUAUUUCCAAUUCAAAGACGAUCCAAACAAGUUGAAGGAAUUCCGCUCUCGCUUGCAGUACUUGGCUCGUGGCACACAAGGAUACAUCAAAAAGUUGCAAGAGGCUGUCAAAGGCAAGGCACCGAAAAAGGGCGAUGACGAGGCCACCACAAAUGAAUAUCAAAUCAAAUUGAUCGCAUUGAAAACGACAUCAAACAUCAGCACGUUGAUUCGUGACCUAUUCCACAAUCCACCCAUUUUCCGUUCAGUCGUACAAUUGUCAUGGAUCACAAAGAAGAGCAAUGAUUCGAAUAAACGGCACGCGCCAAUCACUUUCCAAUCAGAUGCAAAUAACGAUGAAAAGCGCAAGAAGGUGGGUGCAAAGAGCACCACUUCGCCAACAUCAUCGUCCGAACAGCGUUUGUACAAAACGCCGUCUGGUAAAUUUUCGGGUAAGGUAUCAAAUUAUUCAAACAACAGAAAUAACAAUCGGAACGGUAACGGUGGCGGUUUCCGUCAACGAAACGGUCCAGGUAAAAAUCGCAAUUUCCGUCGUUACUAAAAUGAAUAUUUCGCAAAACACACAUUUCUCUUUCACACACACACACACACACACACAAACCGUUGCUUCUCUUAUAUCGGCGGCACAUAUUCAACUGGCCGUUCUAACGAUAGAAAUAAAAACAAAACCAAGUUCACUCAAUUCUUCACACUUCGAGUAGUUUAAUCGACUCGAAAUUAUGUUUACAUGAAUUGCAAUAAACUUAUAACCUUCACGUCGUUUUCCCUCCCGCAUUCAAUGAAAACUAUAGAUGAUUGAUUGAUCAAUCAAAAUUGCAACAUUUUCCGAAAAAGACAAUGCAAAAUAAUAUACCGUUUCGAUUUUUAUUCACUCUUCACGACCUCUUUUCACUUUUAUUUUGUAAACUAAGAACAUUCUUAUCGGAAUAAGAAUCAAUUUUUCUCACACAUUUUACGGUGUGUUUUCUUGUGUCGAGUCAUUGAAAGAUAUGGAAAAAAAUGGGAAAGAAAAAAAACAAACAAAAAAAAUUAAAUCGUAGCAGCGUGAGUUCAAUUUGAACUCGACAACGGCGUUGGAUACAAAAACGAUGGUUUGAUUUUGCGUUUUUCAAAUUGUAAACUUGUGUUUGGCAUUUUCCAUUUAUGGAAUACAGAAAAAAACAAAAACAAAAUUGGCGUUUGGUAAAAAUGCACAUUGAGCAUCAACAAUCAUUCUAAACUUAGUUCGGAUUUGACGUAAAUGAAUUGGUAAUACGCUCAAGUUAAUAUUAUUAUUUUUUUAAACAAUUAAGUUCAAACAAAAUAAAAACGAAACGAUUUUUUUUCCCUUCAAUUAAACAUAGUAUUCACAUAUAAUAGUUAAAGUGACCCAAUCUUACCAAAACGGAAUUUAAUCAAUAAAAUAUCUAGAAAAACAUCAAA